UGUAUUCCCAUGAGUGCAGACAAAGUUGUCUUGAAUGUUUGUUUGAGUUUUUAUUUUAAUUUUUUAUCAUCAGUCAAUUUUUUUCGCAAGUAUUGGAUUAUUUUAAACAUCUAAUUUAAUUAAUUUGUCAAUAUUUAAAGAAAUUUGUGUUAACUUAGAAAACUUAAUAAGUAGCUAAAUACCUGAGCCUCAACCUUUUUGAGUUUGAGGUCUUUACUGCAUCCACGCUUCUCCUACAUAUGUCUGUGAAGCUAGGAGGCUGUACUACAUAACAGUUCAAAAUAACUUUAUAUUGUAUUUGCAUAGAAAAGAAGUCUUAAAGGGACACUUAUCAGGAGUGUAAGGCCUAUGGAAUUUGUUUGAGACUAGUAUGAAAAGACCUUUCUUGUCAGAAAGGAGGGGGACAGUACCAUGUCUGGGUAGAUUUAAGUGUGAUUUACUCUUUUGCCUUGUUUCUGGUAAAUAGAAAUAAAGAAGCAAGCAGAUAUGAUUGGGCCAUGCUUUCCUGACUAGGAGCAGUGAUGAUACUAUAGAGAACAUUGUUUGAGUGAAUUCUAUUAGACAAGAAUAACACCUCAAAAUUACUAUUAUAACUCAUGAUUUGCAUAGAUCAAAUAGAAUUAAUCUUCAUUAGAACCUAAAAAAAACAGAAUGCUGCAAGGCCCAAGGCUUCAGUAAAGAAAGGAGCACAGUAGUUUUGUGAAAGAAAUGCUAAAGUAGCAAUAAACUGUAGAAAAGUAACAGAAGAAAGCAUUUACACCCAUUUUGAACUUACGAAUUUCCAAAAAUUUAAGUUCAUAACUAUGAAGGUCAUGUCAUAAUUUUGUGACAGCUGAAAGAAAGCAUAUAGAAAACUGUGGCAUUGAAUUUCGCACCUGCAAAUUUAGCAUGUUGACUAGAUACAGACAUAUUGUUCUGUCUACAUAAUAGGUAAAAAUAAUUUUGUGCAAGUGGUACCUAUUCAGCCUCAGAUGAUGUGCAUACUCUGCACAUAUAACUACUACAAAUUCAUUCUCAUUCAAAUAUCACAUACUUUUUCUGAGUAAUAUCUAGGAUUCCUCAAAGCUUUGAUCUUACCAAUCGCUAUUAGAUAUGAAUAUUAGAGAACUGCUUCUCAACUCUCGCCUAAAAAUCAACUGUGCCAUAAAAAAAUAAGAAUAUUUGAACAUUGCAGGAUCACAUGCAAAAUUCAAGAUAAUUUUUUUCCUCAGUGGUUAACUUCUUCAUUGCAGCUGCUUCCCACUACUGUGGAAGGUAAUGGGAAUUAUGACUUCAUGAAUUGGGUCACCCUAUAGUGAGUGUUGCUUUAAAGAAAGAAGUCAUAAGUCUUUAUUUGAGACAAUAUAGUCUAAUACAAUAAGAGUGUCAUCGCCAUGUGUUACUUGACAUACAAAGAGUUUGUCGACGCCUGCUUGGAAUUGAUUGGCAGAUCUCAGGAAAUUGGAGAUAAUUGGAAGGCAAAUGGAAAUGUUGAUGUUGAAGGGAAUUUUUUCAUCUCUAAGAAACGAUGCAUACCUGAAAUUCAUGAAACACAGAACAGUACCACAGAUAUUAUGGAUGGCAGCAAUAGUAAACUGAUUAGUAGCCAAAAUGAUUAUUUUGAGCCUGAUGACCCAUCGUGUUUUUAUGAAUAUCAACAGUGUGAUUCGAUUACUUAUGAUUAUCAUGUAGUGUAUAGUAUAAGCCAUUCAGUACCAGUUUUAUAUUUCAAUGCAUGGUAUAUGACUGGAAAUUCUUUAAAAUUAGAAGACAUAUGGAGUAGAAUUCCUACACAGUUUAAAGAACAGGUAAUGUUGAGAAAAUGGGAGAGCUUAACUCAGCAUGAUCAUCCAGUUUUAGGUGUUCCCUACUUUCAAUUACAUCCUUGUAAUACUAUGAAGUUGAUGUCUCAGUUAAAAUUUGAAAAUGAACCAUCUUUAGAACUCAAAGGUAAGAAAUAUAUUCUAAGUUGGUUGAGCAUGUUUGGACCAAUUGUGGGACUCGAAUUGUCCAACCAGUAUUUUACAACAUAAAUUUUUAGAAUUAUCUGUUUUAUACAUCAUUGGGAAAUAAAGUAGUUUUUAAAACA